AUGGCGGGCCUCUUCAAAGAGCUACCACUUGACGUCAAUAUUCUGAUCUGUCAGCUUACAUCCGGCCUUGAUCUAGACCUCAAGGAGCUUUGGCACCUGAGGCAGGUCUCAAAGACCUGGAAGCAGGCGGUGGAGGAAGGACACCUGGGAGAAGCCGGCCGCAGUUAUGGGAAGGUUCUGACUGAAGCACAGUCAAGCGGGGUUUGGGUGGACAUACCAGAGAGCACUGUAGUGGUCAAUGAAGCGGUGUACGUUCUGAGCGAACCAAAGCGCGCCCCUAGCGAUGUGUAUGCAAGGGUGCGAAGGUUUCGCCUGAGGUCUUUUGACCUGAGCAGUCAAAAGGGGUGCUGGAAGGAGAAGAGCUCUCUGCAGUUCACAGAGGAAGAGGCCCCUUUAUCACCCUCAGCAGAGGGCUUUAUCAUGGGGGAACAUGAAUGCGCAGCGCAAACAAGCUUCUCCGUGGUCGCAUCCCAGCGCUACAUCUUUGUCAUGCACUUCGCCAUCCCGCGGGUCGAUUCCUCACAUACGACUCGUCCCGGCUGGUACGCAAUGAUUGCAUCUGCGCACGCAAAUCUGUACGACACCCUGACAGAUACGUGGAGGCCAUUCAAUUUCAACCUGCCUAACUUCUUAUGGCCCCCAUACUCUGAUCCACCCCCAUCCAGAUUCUGGAGGAUGGUUCGCUUUUAUCGGGGAAGAAAACUGGCGGACGUGCUCUGUGCUGCAACUGAAGAUGCUGUAAUCUUCAUCCACGACCGGAAGGAAGUUUGGUUUCAUUCCUUGGCGGAAGGGGAGCUUGACCAGCCCUGGGAGUCAGCCUCUUUCAUACCGACAGAUGGGGAGCCACAGCCCCGGGAGAAAGUAUAUUAUUCUGCUGUGACGGCCUCUUCUGGCGUUCCCAACGCAAUCUGCAUCUCUUCCUUGGCGUACACAGGCCCGGACUUCGCUCGUUGCAUCAGGAAGAUCGUCAGGACGAAACCUACUCCAAAAAGGCGAGGAGCGAACGAAGAAGAAAGUCUUUCAUCAAUGUCUUUCACAGCGAUAGACGAGAUAGAUUGGGUGUGGCCGACUCAAAGCCGCUUUGAGGAGGGGAGCCAGCAUCGCAACGUCGAUGAUCUUCAUGACGUGCACGGAGACGUUCUCAUCCUGAGCGAGGGAGCAGGCAUGUGGCAGGGGAGCAAGAAGCACGUGGAGUACAGAAAACCUUUCAAGGACGUCUUUGUUGAACCCGUGGGUGAGGUUCUAUGGUCCCGCUUGUUGCCUACGGUAUCUGGGGCAUGUCCUUAG